AUGUCCUCUAAGGAUGAAAAAAUGACUAUUGGUAAUUAUUUGCUUCGACGUUUAAAAUCAUUGGAUGUUGACAUUAUAUUUGGAGUACCCGGUGAUUAUAAUUUGUCAUUCCUUGAUCAAAUUGAAGACUUUGAUGGUAUUCAGUGGGGUAAUAAUUGUAAUGAAUUGAAUGCAUCGUAUGCAGCUGAUGGUUACGCACGUAUUCGUGGCAUUGGAGUUCUUGUAACAACAUUUGGUGUUGGUGAGUUAUCAGCUAUCAAUGGUAUUGCUGGUUCAUUUGCUGAAAUGGUUCCGGUCGUUCAUAUUGUUGGAAUGCCACCAACAGUUUCUCAAUCAAAUGGUGCGAUUCUUCAUCAUACACUGGGUAAUGGAGAUUUUCGAGUUUUUGCAAAUAUGUUUAAAGAAGUAACUAUAGCUCAAACAAUCUUAACAAAAAAUAAUGCUAUCGAAGAAAUCGAUCGUGUUCUUACUCAAUGUUUGCUCAAAGGUCGACCAGUUUAUAUUGGAUUAGCAAUAGAUCUUAGUGAUUUUGAAGUUAACGUUGAGUCAUCAAAUCUAAAACCGCUUGAAUUAAAAAUUCCACAUAAUCCAAAAGAAACUCAUGCAGCAGCCAUUGAAGCUGUUAUCAAUGCUGCUAAAAGAGCUCAAAAUAUAGUCGUCAUUGUUGAUGCAUGUGCUAUUCGACAUGAUUUAAUGAAAACAGUUUUAAAGUUUAUUGAACAUACUCAAUUACCAAUAUAUGUCACACCUAUGGCUAAAGGUGGUAUUGAUGAAAAUCAUCCACAAUUUCGUGGUGUUUUUGCUGGAAAUUGUUCACUGGAACAAGUACAAAAAGAAGUUUAUGCUGCUAAUCUUGUUCUUUCAAUUGGAUCUAUGAAUAGUGAUUUUAAUACUGGUGGUUUUACUUAUCGUUUACUACCAAAGAAAACAAUUGAAUUUCAUACAUAUCAUACAAAAGUUUUCUAUGCAAUUUAUGACAAAGUUGAUAUGCAUCAACUUUUACCCGAUCUAACUGAAAUGUGGCCAGCUGAACUUAUUCGUCCAUAUAAUGGCAAACCAUUUGAAAUCCCACAACCAGUAUUAGAUGAUAAGAAUAAUGAAAUAAUACAUAAGUAUUUUUGGCAUAAAUUACCAGAUUUUAUUCCAGAAAAUUCAAUUGUUCUUGCAGAAACCGGUACAGCAGAAUUUGGUAUUUUUAAUAUGCGUGCACCACGAGGUGUUACAUUUUUAACUCAGAUAUUAUGGGGCACAAUUGGAUAUACUGUUGGUGCAGCUUUAGGAGCAUCUUUAGCUGGAAAAUCUGAUAAUCGUCGAGUUUUUCUUUUAGUUGGAGAUGGGUCUUUUCAACUUGUUUGUCAAGAAGUAUCAACUAUGUUACGUUUUCAAACAAAUAUAGUUCUUAUAUUAUUAAAUAAUGAUGGUUAUACUAUUGAAAAACUUAUUCACGGACCUCAACGUGCUUAUAAUAAUAUUCAAAUGUGGCGUUAUCAUAAGAUUUUUGAAUGUUUUGGUGAUGGAUUGAAACAAAAUCGUCCACAAUCGAUAACUGGUUUUGCUGGUCAAGUUAAAACUCGUGAGGAAUUCGAAAAAGCAAUGCAACAGGUUGUUAAUGAAACCAAUAAAAUUCAUUUUGUUGAAGUUGUUAUGCCAUCAAUGGAUGCACCAAAAAGUUUAAUUGUUACUAUUGAAGGUACACGUGAAUACAAACGACGAGAACGUGAAGGACAAGAAUAA